AUGAGGCCGUCCUGCAUUUUCAUCAUCUGUCUUGUGUUUUUUGCUUUCUGCUCACUGGCUCAAAGGUUCAAUUUUAAUGGAAAGUGCUGCUACUCUUUCUCCAAUUUAAAAAUCAGAGCAAAUUUGGUUGAGAGUUAUCAAGCUACAGAUUUUCAUUGUGCCCGGAAUGCUAUCAUUUUCGUCACAGACAGACAAAAAGAGAUUUGUGCUGACCCGGCAGAUGAAUGGGUUCAGAGGUUGAUGAAGUUGGUGGAUGCUCGCAGAUCUGAAAUGCUACAUGAGAUACCAGACAAAGUUUCUAAAGUGGAAAAGUAA